AUGCAAAUCAAAGUCCCCCAAACUACUUUUGCCUAUGCGACUGGUUUCCUUUUGGCUGUGGCAUGGUUAUGUCUUCUCGACAGUCAAUUAAUACCAAAUUCGGAGUCAACCUUUGUCAAUUGGAUUCCGAGUAUCAUUUGUGCCAUCGGCUUUGUUUUAGUCAAUAUCGUACCAAAGGAUAAUUUGUUUUUGGAGACAGAUCAUGAACAUGAUGUGAAAGUUGUUUAUUUUGCUAGAGGAUGGCUUUUCUUUGGCCUAUUUAUUGUUUUUGGCGGAGUGAUAUCUGGAUCCGUAAUUAUGAUAGUUAAUCUUGUUGAUGCAGAGAAAAAGAUGGCUUGGUGUGCUGUUGCACCAUUCCUUCACUCACUGUUUGCCUGUAUUGGAACUUUGAUUUUCUUUGUUGGAAGAGUUUUUGGUAAAAAGCUUCGAUGUGGAGAAUCCGAUGAGUAUACCUAUUGA